UUGAAUGUUCCCCAAUCAGAUGUAAAGUCCAUAAAAUGAGAGAAUAUGCCGGUGACGUAAAAUGCGCACAAACCCACUUUAAACCAAAAAAUCAAUAAAGGGGAGGCCCCAUAUUUCCCUGAUUAGGUUUACUUGACCGUGAAUACAUGCAUCUCUCUCUUUCACAAGGAAAAAGAUAAAGUCGUUAUAAUAGUUAUACCUCUCCGCUUUAUUCAUCACAGUACCCUUGGAAGUUCGAUGGUGUUUCGCAAUAAGUCAGUGUCGUCGCACUUGGGAACGCGUUGAGAGUGUAGAGUGUGCGUGUAAAUUCAGUUUAAUUUGUGUUUACCUACUUUUUUCUUCCAAUUUUGGUGUGUUUUAAUUUAAAGACUAUUAUUUUGUGUGUGUUUGUUACUACUAACGUAUUAAAGAUGUCGCCAAAGAAAUUAGGUACGAAAGGGCAAAUAAUACAUAGCCAGGGAAGAGAAAUUAUUGCCAAUGUAGCAGAGUUUAUGCAUAAAGAGGCAGAAGAAGGAUUAACUAUUCCUUUAAAACGCUUUAGAGAACGUACGUUGGCUGCUACAAAAAUAUCGAAAGUUACCUACCAAAAAAUAUUGAAGGAGUCGGCCAAUAUAAAAAAUAACCCCCCUUGUUCAUUCAGCAGUCCAAGAAAAAAGAGGCCCAGGAAAUCACGUAUACUUGACAUUACUUCGACGCAACUUAAAGAAAUUAGGAGCAUAGUUAAUGAUUUUUAUAUAGUGGAAAAAAGAAGGCCUACUCUCAAGUUAAUCCUACAAAAGAUCAUUGACCGAUCUGUUAUUCAUGAGCCUAUGAGUAUACCAUCCUUAGCAAAACUACUAAAGAGCAUUGGAUUUAGAUGGAAGAAGACAGAUGAUAAUAGAAAGGCCUUGAUGGAAUCAUAUGACAUACGUUUGAAGAGAAUAAAAUACUUAAAACAAAUUACCGAAUUUAAAAAUCAAGGUAGAAAUAUAGUGUAUACUGACGAAACCUAUAUACACAGUAGUCAUACUUCUGACAAAGGUUGGUUUGACGAAAGCCUAAGAGGUAUACGAAAACCCAUUUCAAAAGGACAGCGAUUAAUCAUCGUUCAUGCUGGAGGAAAAAAUGGUUUUGUUAAAGACGGUCUACUUAUAUUCCGCUCAGGUUCUAAAAGUGGCGAUUACCAUGACGACAUGAAUCAUGAAAAUUUCAUGAAAUGGGUGGAAACCCAAUUACUUCCGAAUUUGCCACCAAAUUCGGUCUUAGUUUUGGACAAUGCAUCAUACCAUAAUGUACAAGUAAAAAAUAAUGUUACCUCAGGAAGUAAGAAACAACUCAUAAUUGAUUGGCUUAAGGAGCAUAAUUUAGAACAUGACAAACAACGAGAAAAUGACAAAAACGGAACUUUAUGAAAUAGUUCUUCAAAAUAAAAGAUUUUAUCCGAUAAAGUGCAAACUUGUCGAACUAAUGGAAAGUCACGGACACUCAACUUUGCGUUUGCCUCCAUACCACCCAGAAUUGAACCCCAUUGAAAAAAUCUGGGCCACUGUUAAAAACUGGGUAGCAAGCAGGAACACAACUUUUAAGUUAGCAGAUGUAGAAGCUUUGACGAGGCAAAAAUUUGCAGAAGUAUCUGUCGAUGAUUGGAGAAGCAUUUGUGACCAUGUCGACAAAAUUGAAGACAAAUAUAUAAAAGAUCAUAAUCUUUUUGAUGAAACUUUAGAUUCCCUAAAAUUUACGGUAAACACUGGCUCAUCAGAUGAAGAUUUGGAAACGAGUUCCGACGAAUCAAUUAUCAGCAAUGUGGACAUUUUGUCAGAUAGUGACUAAUUUAAUAAUAUGAAUAUGUAUUAUAUACCGUAAUAAUAUUAUGUAGUGUUUUUAUGAGCAGUAAAAUUUAUAUACCCUUA